AUGGCCAGGCUAGUUCCUAAGAUCUCAGGCAGAGCAAAUCCAUUCACUUCACUUUCAAGUGACGACGACGACGACAUUGAGGAAUGCGAUGUCACAGACACGACUACACGGGUGACCUUUCCUGAAGAAAUGUUUGAAAUCCAAAACCUUGGCGACCGAGAUGGAAUUAGAAGGCGAGGAACAAUCAGAGAAAUUUCCAGAACACCUAAACAAGCACCCCCAAAAGACGACACCCUGUUUUCAGUAAAAGAUGAUGAAAGGUUUUCUGUAUUUGAAAAGGGUCGAGACUAUGAGCCUGUGUACAUAACUCACCAGUACACAGAGCAAGAGAUAGACACCCUCAAUACAUACGAGAGCUGUGAUUAUUUGCCAAGCCAUAGUCACAUCUACAAGCACUGGAUCAAGCGACAGUUGAUUUCAAAACUUGAAACAGAUCGAUGGAUUAUGAUGGGACUAAUUGGCGUCGCUGUUGGCUUCAUAGGAUUUCUUCUUCACCAACUGAUAGAGAGAAUAGGGGAUUUGAAAUGGCAAACCACAAAAUCUUUUUUAAAGGAAGAAAAACUAUGGCAAGGUUGGCUCUUCUGUACAGGCUACAGUGUGGUCUUUGCUGUUUUUUCCGCAGCCAUCAUUGUGUUGUGGCGUCCAAGUGCUGGAGGCUCAGGCAUGGCUGAAGUUACUGGCUUCUUGAAUGGAACUCAGGUCAGGAGGAUAUUCAAUGUGAAAACUAUGGCUGCCAAGUUCUUGUCUUGUGUUGCUGCCAUUGGUUGUGGCAUGCCUAUUGGGCCGGAAGGACCAAUGGUUCAUCUGGGCGCCAUAGUUGGAGCAGGUUUCAGCCAGACAUCUUCUUCAACACUCAAGAUCAAACUUCCAUUUUUUGAGAGGUUCAGGAAUCCUGAAGACAGACGUAAUUUUAUCUCCGCCGGUGUGGCUGCUGGGGUGGCUGCAGCUUUUGGUGCUCCGGUGGGCGGCCUUUUGUUUUGUAUGGAAGAAGUCUCCUCAUUCUGGAGUCGUACAUUGAUGUGGCAAGUGUUCUUCUGUUGUAUCAUUGCCACAUCCACAUCCGACAUUUUCAACUCCACCUUUGAAAGGUUUCAAGUGAUUGGCAUGUUUGGAGAGUUUCGAACAAGCAGAUAUAUUUUGUUCAACGUUGAUGAAGCUGUGGAUAUUAAUGUGCUCAUGUUUAUACCAUCCGUAAUGAUUGGAGUUAUUGGAGGCCUGCUUGGAUCUCUGCUGCGCAAGAAAAUCUUGACCUCCAUACAGUCAGCCAUUGUUGUCAAAAUUCUACGUCUGCUGGAGCCAGCACUUAUCAUGCUGAUUAUGAGCUCUUUUGCUGUCUUUUUGCCGAUGGCUUUUAAGUGCAUUCCAUUUACCUGUAUCCGGGGUAAUUCUGGCAUUCUCAGUCAGUAUUGCGUAAAUGAUACUACAAACAAGUAUGACUCACACUAUGUUGAGGAAAAUAUCUUUCAUACGUGUGAGACAGGAAGUAGCCAUCAAAAUGGGUCAACUCUUGUCUACAAUGGAACUUACAAUGAAUUGGCCCUGCUCCUGUUUGUCUCAAAAGAAGAAGCCAUGAAGAACCUAUACCUGAGGAACUCUCACAAGAUGUUCGGCUAUGGUCCCCUGUUCGUCAGUCUGGGUGUUUAUUUCUUCAUGGUGAUCUGGGCAGCUGGCACAUCUGUUGCUGCCGGAAUUCUGGUGCCGAUGCUGCUGAUUGGGGCAUUAUAUGGACGUAUCGUUGGGCUGGUUAUGGUGGACAUGUUUGGGGUCUACAUGGAUGACAGCUACUGGAGCUGGAUGGAUCCAGGAGCAUUUGCUCUCAUUGGUUCUGCUUCAUUUUUUGGUGGAGUCUCUCGGCUUGCUCCUGCCACAACUGUUAUAAUGAUGGAGCUGACCAAUGACCUGAAGGUUCUACUUCCAGUAAUGACUGCAGUGAUGGUAGCCAAAUGGGUUGGGGACUAUUUUACACAUCCAUUCUUCCACGCUCAGCUAGAACUGAAGUGCAUCCCGUUCUUGGACAGACAGCCCCAUGUUACCAUUCACAAGAGAAAUGUUAAACUGGAACUCUUCUCUGCUGAAGAUAUAAUGGCAUUCCCUGUGAUAACCAUGAACCGGGUAGAACGAGUCACCAGUAUUGCUCAUAUACUGCUUGAUUACCAGCACAAUGGUUUCCCAGUUCUGCAUAAGAAUGCAGAGGGCAAGAAAGUCUUUUACGGCAUGAUAACCAGGUCAGAACUACUGGUGAUUUUAAAACAUCCAGAUGUACUCCAUCGAGGACGUGUGGACCCUAUGGAUGACAAAAAUUUGGAAAUUGCGCCAAUCGCUUACAAUACCAUUCUAAAAGGUUUGAAACUCAGUGAAGAGGAAAUAUCUGAAUAUCUUCAUGAGUUCAUCAGCAACAAUUCUGAAUACAAAGAUUAUUAUGUUGAUCUGACACCAUAUGUGAACCAAUCAGCGAUGAGUGUACCAACAAAGUUUUCACUUCACAGAUCCUACACUCUGAUCAGUGCUUUAGGUCUGCGACAUUUAACAGUUGUUGACAGCAGUAAUCAGGUGCAAGGUAUCAUUACCCGCAAGGAUCUGAUGGGUUUUCACAUGGUAGAAACUCUGUCUGCACUCAUUAAUACCAAGGAUUAUUUUGACUCCAGCCUCGAUGGAGAGGCACGACACAAACAUGAGGACAAUAAACCAAAGAAAGCCAAACCUGCAGACAGCAAAACUGUGAGACAUCAGAAUGGUCAUCACUCUCAGAGAAAAUCAGUUUUUGUACAUAUACCAGAGCAAAUUGUAUAA